AGAUUGCAUUUAAACGGUCGCACAGAACUGUGUGCGUAAAAGCUCUGGUUUCGUAUGUAAUUGGGUAAAUUGAAAUGUGAGUAGAUUGCGCCCUCCAGAGGUCAGAAGCAGCAUCUCCAGCAGGGUUAACAACUGCGCGUGCUCCUGUACAAUUUCCGCCCGGCCACUAUCAAUCGAUCAGAGAGUGGAAGAUGGCGGUGGAUCUCUAGUCUGCGGAGCAAGAUCGAUCACCGAAAAACUCGAUUGAGUUUAAUCUUAUAUCGCCGAAAAACACUCCAAAACAAAGACUAUUUGGGAAUUUGGAGACUGGAUACCAGCGGCUUUGCAAAGCUUGUUGAAAAGAAGUUUGUCAUCAUCGAAGAUGGACUUCCCAUGGCAUAGUGGGAAAGUCCUGGAGCAGCUAAACCAGCAGCGCCAGAUGGGCCUGCUGUGUGACUGCACCUUCGUGGUGGAUGGAGUGGAUUUCAAGGCCCACAAAGCGGUUCUGGCGGCCUGUAGUUCCUACUUCCGCACCCUGUUCAUCGACCAGAACGACGUGGUGCAUCUGGACAUCAGCAAUGCUGCAGGUUUGGGCCAGGUUCUGGAAUUCAUGUACACAGCUAAGCUCAGCCUCAGCUGUCAGAACAUGGAGGACGUGUUGGCUGUGGCCAACUUUCUCCAGAUGCAGGAAGUGGUCAACGCUUGUUCCGCCUACCAGUCGGUCACAGCUUCCGCACCUUCGCUCAUAGCAGAUUUCUCUGCAGAAAAAGAAGAAGAGGCCAGAGAGAAGCCGGAACAGGACCCUGGAGAGGUGCUUCCCAAAGCAGAGGAGACACAGACCCAGAGUGCUGAUUUGGCAGAAAAAGCGCAGGAGACAGCAGCAGGCGAACCCACUGAACACACAGCCCCGCCAGUGGCGUCUCCCAGCCCCGGCAGAACCCACCCAGGGAGGGGGCGACCGCCUAAAAGCUCCCCACUCAAAGUGCUGGCUGCCCAGACAAAGGCCCCUGCGGGCUCCGAGGAGGAGAGCGUUGUGAAGGACGUUCAAGAGUUUCAAGACGACCCAAGGGAUGCUGACUACACGCCCAAAUCCCAGUGGAGCCGUUCGGGGGGGUCGGUGUACAUGAGCUCCAGGGGCCGGAGAAUCAGGAGAGCUCCUCGCCGAAACUUCCCACCUGAUAAUGACACGGAUGAGGAGAGCGCUCCGAAGCGGGUGAAGCAGGAGGAGCCCCCGGGCCUCCCGGGCCCCGAAGAAGAAGGAGGAGGAGGAGAACAUGGGGAGGAGAACCAGGAGGACAACGAAGACGGCCACAUGGCGGACGGGGAGGAGGACUGUGAGUUAACCAAAGACCUGGGAGAUGAGGAGGAGGAGGAGGACGAGGAGGAAGAGGAGGAGGAUGAUGAGGAGGAGGAGUCAGGCGGGAACCAGGAGGGAAGGAGCACGCCGACGGGGUCGGCCAACGGACGAUCCGAGUCGAAGCCUUACAGCUCCGUGACCCACAAGUGUGAGGAUUGCGGAAAGAAAUUUACGCACACGGGCAAUUUCAAAAGGCACAUUCGCAUCCACACAGGAGAAAAGCCAUUCAGCUGUCGGGACUGCCAUAAAGCCUUCUCGGACCCCGCGGCAUGCAAGGCUCAUGAGAAAACACACAGCCCUCUGAAGCCAUACUGCUGCUCCACGUGUGGGAAGAGCUACCGGCAGAUCAGCCUGCUCAACCUGCACCGCAAGCGGCACACGGGAGAGGCGCGCUACAGCUGCGGCGUGUGCGGGAAGCUCUUCACCACGUCGGGCAACAUGAAGCGCCACCACCUGGUUCACAGCGGCGAGAAGCCGUACAACUGCGACUUCUGCGACAAGGCCUUCUCCGACCCCACCGCCAAGAUGAGGCACCUGGAGACCCACGACACGGACAAGGGGAACAAAUGCCCGCACUGUGACAAGCGCUUCAAUCAGAUGGGGAAUCUGAAGGCUCAUUUAAAGAUCCACAUAGCUGACGGCCCUCUCAAAUGCAGAGAGUGUGGGAAACAGUUUACAACUUCAGGAAACCUGAAGCGUCACCUGCGCGUGCACAGUGGCGAGAAGCCCUACAUCUGCAUGCACUGCAAGCGGGCCUUCGCCGACCCAGGAGCACUGCAACGGCACGAACGAAUACACACAGGGGAGAAGCCCUGCCUCUGCCUGGUGUGUGGGAAGUCCUUCACCCAGGCCAGCUCCCUCAUCGCCCACGUCCGCCAGCACACGGGAGAGAAGCCCUACGUCUGCGACCGCUGCGGGAAGAGGUUCGUCCAGUCCAGCCAACUGGCCAAUCACAUUCGUCACCAUGACAACGUCCGUCCACACAAGUGUAAUAUGUGCAAUAAGGCAUUUGUCAACGUGGGAGACCUGUCCAAGCACAUCAUCAUCCACACAGGAGAGAAGCCGUACCUGUGCGACAAAUGCGGCCGCGGGUUCAACCGCGUGGACAACCUGCGCUCCCACGUGCGCACCGUGCACCAGGGCAAGGCGGGCAUGAAGAGGCUGGUGCUGGCCGGCAGCUCGGACGAGGCCAUCGACGGCCUGGAAGACAUGGUCACCUCGGGGGAGGUCAACAUCGUCACGGUGACCACGGAGGACAUCGUGGCGCUGGCGGCCAGCACCGUGGCUCAACUCACAGAUGACACCGAAGCCCUCAAAGCAGAGAUCACCAAGGCUGUGGAGAAAGUGCAGGAAGCGGACCCCAACACGCAGAUCCUGUACGCGUGCGACUCGUGCGGCGACAAGUUCCUCGACGCCAACUCGCUGGCCCAGCACGUCCGCAUCCACACGGCCCAGGCCCUGGUCAUGUUCCAGGCGGACGGAGACUACUACCAGUACACCACGGAGGGGGACGAGGGGGCCGCCACGUGGCAGUCGGCCUCACAGCACGUCAUCCAGGAGGGGGAGGUGCUGUACCGCACUCAGGAGGCGGGAAGAGAGGGCGACGAGGAGAGCCAGGAGCGUGUGGCUCAGUGA